AUUACAUACUCAAGAGAGAAUGAGCUCGGCGUCUCAGCCUUGUAGGUGUGAAGCUCGCGCAGUCUUCAGGGCAUGAACGAUCAUACACCAUGGCGGUCUUGAAGGAGUCUCAGAUAGAGCAGGCCGAUCGCGCACGUCUCCAGCAGAUAUGUUUCUUGAAAACCGACAGCGAGAAGGCCGUCGUGCCGCUGCGUGCGAAUGUGGCGGUUCGAGCGGAAGAGAGAGAGCAGAUGGAAUCUCACCUUCUCCGCCAGUAUUCUCGCGACUCAUGGCCCAAAGGAUUCUAUCAGGCUGCCUGCCCACAUCCCAUACUGGUUCACCCGCAGCAUUACCAGAAUAUUCAGGCUCUGCAUGAGGCGCUGGUUCUGGCCAUCACCAAUAUCGUGGAAAGAUGGUGGACUGAUAGCGUGGCUAAAUUUCCGGAGAGGAUGCCUUUGGAGCCACAGGAAGAGGAUCUUUUACGGUGGAUGGCGCAUGAAGCUGCCGACGCGGUCCGUCCAUACAACCAGUGUCUUGGAUCCUGGCGGCCCGAUUUUCUCAUCGACGAAGCAACCCCUGGUGCCGAGCCCGGGUCAGUCGAAGAGCAGUUUGUUAUCUGCGAGAUCAAUGCUCGUUUCUCUUUCAACGGCUUCUGCGUAAGCGCAGCGGGGCAGCAGGGCCUGAGCGACAUGGGAAACGAAGAAAAGGGCCUCUUAAAUGUCUUGGAGCCCGACCAGGUUGUCAAGGGACUGCUCAGCUUGUUCGAUCCCACCCGCCCACUCCACCUCCUGAAAGGCGAAGAGUACGGGAUUGACAUCCACCUCUUUGCCGUGGAGGUGGAACGGCGGACGGGGACCCCCCCCAAAUUCAUCACACCGGACGACCUGCGCCUCCUGCCAUGUGAAGACUCUGAAUUUGGAUACAAGCUGUGUGCGCUCGCCAAAGAUGAGACUCGCAAGCUGCCCGCGAGUCACAGGUCGGCCAGGUUUAUCCACAACGCAGAGGUGCUGGAGGAGAUCCACCAGGUGGGCUUGGAGCUGCAUCAACGCGAACUCCGAGCACUGUCUCCCGAAAUGUUACGGCAGCUGGCUCUCCGCUGUUUUAACGACCUGCGGACGGUGUUUCUGGUGCACGAUAAGAGAAUGCUUGGCAUCGUUCUGCAGGAGCUGGACGCGCUGGUCGGCCAGCACGGCGUUCUGAGCGAAGACCAGGCGCGGGUGCUCCGGGACGGCAUCGCGGAGACAUUCAUACCGGGCUCGCCGGAGUUGGAGGAGUUUGUGCUCCGGUGCAAGAGCCAGCCGGAGGCAAAGGAUGGCUACCUGCUAAAGCCGAUCCGCAGCGGCAAGGGCGCCGGGAUCAUCUUCGGGGACGAAGCGUCUGAAGGGGAAUGGAAGGCGAAGCUAGAUGGCUUGAGGCGAGCGGCUCUCACGCCGGGCGAGACAAGCUACAUCGUCCAGCGCCAGGCCAGGCAGCCCACGUAUCCCGUCCUGCUGAGUGAGGACGGUGGUCUGCAGCACAACCGGAUGAUAGGGACGUUCAUGGCGGCGCACGGGAAAUUUCUCGGGCUCGGUAUCUGGCGCUGCGGGCCGGAGCGUAUCUGCGCGGUCAGCCACGGAGGUGCAUUCAUGUUCUCGGUGAUGAGCUCUCACCACCGGGUUGAAAAGGCCAGUGAAAGGUGGAGCAUGUGGAAGUAUUUCAGAUGGCUGCACUCCAUCGGUUCCUGGGUGAGGCGACGGUUCGCGGCGCAAAGCGUGUAGAUUAGCAAAUUUGACCUUGGAGCGUUAGACUAUGAAUGAUAUUGUUUUGUCUCUC